AUGAAUUUCAGCAGUAACAAUUGUUCUGUGGAGAUCGAGGAGGAGAAGAUCCACAUUUCUGCCAGAGAGUCGCCCACGGUGAUCUGCCUCCAGGUGCUGCCUUCAUACCUGCUGGCCGGACUGGGCAUGGUUACUGCUGGUAUGCUGCUGGACAAGGUACAGGUGAGUGACUCACUCACUGAUGAUACAUAACACCAGUAGGGAUGAUAUGUAAUCUGGAAAACUGGUAUACUGGUCCAUGGUGUGUAGAUUGUGGUGAUAUUGUCCAUGGAAAUCUUAGCUGAUAUUUACUUUCAGAGGAGUUGUAGCUGAUGUAGGGAGAGUUCAUGUCUCUUUAUGUCCCUCUGAGGUGAAUGGACUGAGCUCUGAGCUGGUGGCAGAGGGUUUGGAGGUCACAGUGACAUAAUGGUACUGUUGGGUGACCUUGCCGUGUCAGAGCAAAUUGACAUCUUGGCAAUACACAUGAAUUUUUAAACUAGUUAAGCUAGUAUGCAACAAUGCAUAAACUGAGAGGGACACUUAAGAGAAGUUUCUACAAGAUCAGGUUUUCACUAAAAGGCCUGAAAUGGUCAACAGUCUAAGUCCUUUCAGGUGCAGAAUACCUGGGUUCCACAGUAAAAUAUAUGUGAGAUGUGUGAAGUGCCAAAUUUUCCUCUGUGUCUCCAAAAAAUCCUAGUGCUUUCUCAGGUAUCAUAAAUGAAUCGACUUUUGUCAAAUAGGUGUCUAGUAAAAAGUCAGUAAGUUCUAAGUUGACCCUGGACCUACUUUUCUUGGAUGUUUUCAUGUAAAUAUGUUGUGUUUUGAUAUACUAUUUAUAAAAAAGAUUUCAGGUGAGAUUUCAAUUUUCAUAAUCAGUUCAUGAAUUUUGUUAAAGUGUCAGACAUUCGAUCAAUGAAAUCCUGUUGUGUACUGAGGUGCACAUGUAGAUUUUAAAGGUCCCAUGGCAUGCCAAUUUCACACAACUUAUAAUAGUCCUCUGGUGUGUUAAAAGCAUGUCUGUGAAAUCCUUCGGUCAAAAUUCAAUUUGGAUCAAUUAUUUUAGUGCUCUUUUUAUCAGCUAAAAACAGCUCUGCUCAAAAUCCACCGUUUUGGCCCAUGUCUCUUUAAUGAAAUGAGCUGCACCUAAGCCACGUCCACUUUACACCCAUCUCUCUGUAAGGGGCUGUGGCUGUGCUCCGAUAGCCAUGUGCUACACUGGCUCGGUCAUGGCUGCAAGAAGAUCGCUCGUACAUCCAGUAGCGGUUCUAGGCACGGGCGAACAGGGCAGCCGCCCGGGGCGGCAUUUGUGUCAUGACUCAUGGGGGGCGGCACGAGCACUUCCAAAAAAAUAAAAUAAAAGAUAAUAAUGAUAAAUCUUAACCGCAAAGCGGUUUUGUAUUAACUCUUGUUGUCAAAUUGGCGCCCCCCGCUGCUGUAAGCGCCCCUGCUUGCUCCGAAGGUGCUGCACAGAGGCUGACAGACUGUGUGAGACGAGGCGGGGAGAGGGUCGCGGGUGGACAGCUCUGCUCUGUGUACGCAUGUCAGCGUAUCAGCGGGAGCGCGGCUGCGCAUUUCUACUCUGCCAGGAGCGCGGAGACGUUAUUUUGUAGUUUUUUAAUCAUUUCUAGAGUCGUGGUGAAUCAAAUCACCGUACCCGUCUGCCUUCGAUAGGCGAAUAAAGCGCUCGGGUUCAUGCUCGGAUCUUGCUACGUGCUUGAUGAGCUUCAUGAGUAAAUUAAACAAUGACUGAGGCAGAGAGCAGCUUCAGAGGAGAAACAUCCAGCAGUGUGAACAACCUCUUCAUAUGGAGUGCUUUGGCUCACACUAUCAGCGUUUUCUCUGAGUGUUGCAUGACUUUGGGUGAGAACAGAGAUGAACACACUGUCAGCCACGUAUUUAUUUAUUCAUUUUUUAGUUUUUAGUUCUGCUUUCGUACUGGCAGUAUACUGGGGCAGCUGUAUACCCUUUCAACACCUUAUUUUCUAUAUUUACAUUUGUAUUGAAUGGACACUUUAUCAUGACUGACACUUGUUUUACAGAAAACAAAUUAUUUGUCAUUCUCCAGUGCAGAGCCUUUACUUUUAUUUAUGCAGCCGCUUUAUUUCAUUUAAGUUUGUUUGUUCAAGGUUUAAAAAAUGUGAUGAAGGUCUGCAAAACUAAAAGAGAGCUUUCUUGAAAGCCACAUGUAUAAGCUCUCAAAUACUUUUUGAAUUUUGUUUCUAUCUACUACAGAGGCCGAGAUAACAGCUUUUUUGUAAACCUUAACACGUCAGAAAACCUCAGGAUCUGGGAGACCUUCUCAACUGGCCCUCAGGAUUGUGUUUUUUUCUAUUGAAGGAUUUCUGCAAUUGAGAAAUAUUUUAUUUUUGUUGUUCUAAUCAUAAUAAUACUAGAUAAUAAUACAAAACUAUCUGUUCAAAAUUCUAUCUCUUUUUGUGUUUGUUUGUUUGUUUGUGUGUGUGUGUGUGUGUGUGUGUGUGUGUGUGUGUGUGUGUGUGUGUGUGUGUGUGUGUGUGUGUGUGUGGGGGGGGGGGGGGGGGGGCACUUGGAGGGGUGCUCGCCCGGGGAGUAAUUUGGUCUAGAACCGCCACUGCGUACAUCCCUAUCAGUUUGAGCCAGAGUCUGACCCAGAGGGAGAGGCUCCGGAAGAAACUCUUAGCCGCGUUCAGACCAAACGCGACUUGAAGCGACCUAGUCGACACAUCCUAUGCAUUAUUCAAAGCCGCCAGGAGGGUCACGCUUAGCCGGGACGUCCCGUAUUUGAGCCAAAAGAGGCGCGUCGCCGCACGGGUAAAUGCUAAAGCUACAUGCUGAUUUGUCUCCCGCCGCCGGAGUUGUCGUGGAAGAAGUGAGCGGCUAAAAUACGGGAGGAUCCGGUAAACCGGCGCAGAUCCGGUGUGUUUAUCAAAGCGUGGUGGCCGUGCUGAGGCACCGGGGGGAAUUUAGGCUACACGAUAAGUCAAAAUAAAACGUUCAUACUUACAGAUGCCACGUUUGAAGUAGGAUCACGGAUAGUUGGUACCGAAUUAUUCUUUAUCUUCAGACAUCUAGCAAAUCCAGCGUUGAACUGUCCCUCGUUGAUAAAACGGUCCGAAGUGAAAUGGUGCGCACAUACAUACAGAUAUGUUGGAAGUGCCGCGGGUACAUUACCAUUAUAAAUAAAAUCCACCCAUUGAGUCCUCAAAUCCUCCGACCAGGUAGUUUUCAAAAGAGUUUUGUGCUCGUUUGUACAGCCAACAACAGAGCAAACGCUGCCUCUUUUUCAGGUCGCACUUUCGCCAUGGUUCUAAAUGGAGCAAUGCGAGCGAUCGGCCGGAAGUAAUGGCGGUGUUUUGAUAAAUAUUUUGGGCAGGGCAGUGGGCGGCUCCAUGGGCAGUACCAUCAACCCGCCAGCACUGACAUGACAUCAUGUCAGUGGAGUUUUCAGAACGGCUCUGAGCACACAGUUCCUAAAUACAGAGAUAACUAAAAAACAACUGGAUUAUAUUUUUUCGAACUUGGGGGGAUUGUAGCGGUUUUCUAUCCCUGAUAUGCACCCCCCUCCUGUUAACAAAGUCAGUUUUUCAUGCCAUGGCCCCUUUAAAAUCAUCUGACAUGUGUGGGGGUGUGGCCUUGGCAACUACUCUUUUCCUGUAUUUCAAAAUGGCUGGUAUCCCCACAAACACAUUUUAUGGAAAACAGAAAGGUAACCAUGAUAUUUAUAUUUGAUAUUUUGUUGUUGUUGUUAUAUUUGGAUUAAUUUUCCAAUACAAACAUCUAAUAAGAAAUUUGAGUGAGUUUUCAGAGCUAAGCUUACUUAGUUUUUACAGGGAAAAUGACUGAUUUAUUAAUGUAUACUGUGGUGCACAUCAGGACUUUGUACUUCAGUUUAUUUCACUUUUUUCUAGUGGACAGGUCUUUGAAAGAGGCAGGGAGGAUUCUUUUCAGAAUCAUCGAGGGAGACUUAUCAACACCUUCAUAGGAAUCUCUGUGUACAUGGCAUGUCUAGGCUAUCCAAGAAUGUAUUGGGCUGCUAAAACAAGAGUCCAAGUUAUAGCUGAUUCCAUGACCUGUGAUCGUUUCUACAAGAUCAGGUCUUCACUAAAAGGCCUGAAAUGGUCAACAGUCCAAGUCCUUUUAGGUGCAGAACACCUGGGUUCCACAGUAAAACAUAUGUGAGAUGUGUGAAGUGCCAAAUUUUCCUCUGUCUCCAAAAAAUCCUAGUGCUUUCUCAGGUAUCAUAAAUGAAUGGACUUCUGUCAAAUAGGUGUCGAGUGAAAAGUCAGUAAGUUCUAAGUUGACCCAGGACCUACUUUUCUUGGAUGUUUUCAUGUAAAUAUGUUGUGUUUUGAUAUACUACUCAUAAAAAAGAUUUCAUGUGAGAUUUCAAUUUUCAUAAUCAGUUUAUGAAUUUUGUUAAAGUGUCAGACAUUCGAUCAAUGAAAUCCUGUUGUUUUCUGAGGUGCACAUGUUGUAGAUUUUAAAUGAAAUUAGAUAAAAACAAAAUAGUCUUUGCAAUGUGGUUUUUACCACCCCAACUCUUGAUUUAUCUGAAAAAACAAAAAAACAAAAUCAAAACACCUUUUUUCCCUUGGGUCUCAGGAGGAUAAUUCAGAUAUUCAGUCUUACAGUCAUCAAGUAUAUGACUUUAUCACUAAUACUAUAACCUUGCUCAGGUGACAACCACAAUGUUUGAAAACAAGAUAGUGCAUAUUCAAAGUUAGAAAAAAACAACAAUUACCUAUGAUGAUUUUGUUAAACAGAUCAAAGCAUAAGGUGCUGAGACCUGGAGGGUCAAAAGUGGAGGAUGUGAAAGAGUAAAGGAUGGAUGCGUGCAGCUGAUGGACGGGUUACAAAAGAGCCCUCAGGUGUGGACAGUUACACCAACGAUCUAAUUCCCCAUGUACUUACAGGACAGCUGCAGUGAAUCAGGUGUAGCUCCUCAAUGUCAGUGCUGAUCAGACUGUAGCUGCUAUUUGGACAGAGGCCAAUGCAAGCCUUAUAUUAAAGCUAUGAGGAAUGGUGGGUAAGACUUCCUCUGGUCUUUUACGUUUAAGAGGACUUUAAUUCUGCCCCGAUUGAUUUGUAUCAUCCCCUGAUACCCUGACUGUCUGCCAUGUUUUCAGUCGGCCUGUUUCCUUAAAUACACUGAACAAAUAAACAUGAUUUUAAGUCAUUUUUUAAUCCUUAUAGUUCCUGUUUACAUGCUGAGGUUUUCAUUUCUGAACCCAUGUUACAGGCAAGAGUCAGAGGAGGGAGCUGCAGAGAGUGUAGCACCCGUUCCAAGCCAUGUCUCAAGGACACUUUUCAGCUGAGUCACUGGCUGUGUGUGUGUGUGUAUGUGUCCGUGUUUGUGUGUGUGUGUGCGUGAGAGGACAUGGUCUGACUUAGUGUUCUGUACAGGCUGAUGUUCUCGCCUGUGUUUCGUUCCAUCAUGUGAGCAAAGGAUUAACGGGAGAACAAAGCUCUGAUAAUAAUGUCUGAUUUUGGUUCAUUUGUCUUUUUUGUUUUUAAACUUCUAUUCAGCAGAUCAGGUGUUCACAGCAGCUGUGUACACCUGAGGCUGAGCAAACGUCUCUGUGGUGAGGAGGAGAAAAUUGUGUGAGAAUUACAAAGAGAUAAACUACAGUAACUAUCUCUGGUACAUUAAAAGUCCUCUGGGAGAAAGUGGCAGCCCGUGUGUUUCCCCCUGAUCAAGUCGGAUAAACUGUCCUUUCCAGUCAGCUGCAGCACCACGUGUUGGUGACAGGUACAGCACCUGCUGCUGCUCAGAGUGCGUCACCCACUAAUAGUGAGGACAUCGAAGAACAGCGAAAGGAGGAGCUAUCAAAGAGAGGGAGAGCACAGCUGCAGUAUCCUCUGAUGUGGUCAUAAAAGAAAGAGGAGGAGAACAGAGGAGAGAGAAGAGUCCUGAGAGAGACUUGUCACCUGGCUUAUACACAGACACCUGCAGCAUCAGCACUAUCCCACCCUCACAGACACACACUCUGUCCUCCGUCUUAUCCCUCCCUCCAUCACGGCUUGCCAUCACGACUCAUCUCCAUCUGGAACCAGACAGAAGCCCCGGCAGCAACACGACAGCUGCCAUUCCUCUUCGGGAAAAGUGUGCUACGUCUCAUCACACAUCCUGCAGCCUGGACGGGCAUCCCGGCGUACCCCUGAUCAAAAUGAGGAAGGGGCACCAGAGUGGUCUGGUUCAGACGGGACAUCAGCACAGAGGUGAAGAGAAAGAGAAGGAAGUGUGGUGGGAGAAGGAGGAGAAGGAAUGGCAGCACAGGAGGGCUGAAAAGAAGCUUCUGGCCUUCUGGAUGUCCUUGUCCUACAGGACCUGGACUUUUUUCAGGCCUCGUGAGAGACCAGGCUUCCAGCGCUCUGCCUCGGCCGCCCGGCUCCUGAAGAGUGAGGCAUGAGGAGAGGAAGUGUGUGAGUGUGUGUGUGUGGCUGUCCUGCUGAGUGCAAGUGUGUGUGGAGGUCUGCCAUUCGCAUAGUGACAGCAGAGGCCUCACAGACCUGCUGUCAAGUGAACCUGUGUGCAUGCGAGUGUGUGUGUCCUAGUAUGUGUGUGCUUGAAGUGUUUGAAAGCAGCUUUCUCUGCCCAGUCCACCAUUUGCAAAGCACUUUGUGUUGCUGCCCCACUAGGUGCCUGAGUGACAGGUGAAGGGCAAAACAAACUUGUUGAAUCGCUCUUUGUUGCAUUAUUUUUCAAACUACUUUAUGGGAAAUUGUUUCAGCAAGAUCUGUGACUGUGAAAGAUCCUGGAGUGAGGUGAAAACUACCUGGAGAAGUCAGAAAAAAGGAUUGUUUUCUCUGCGUGGAUGGUUACAUCACAUCACUUGAUUUACUGAACAAAAAAACCUUGAAGCAGACUUUGUUGGUGAAGGAGACUUGCCUCUUACUACCUACACUUUCCAGACAGGAAUGGGUUAACGCGGUUAAGCCAUGGUGGUGACCCAUCUGGCUUUGGAGCUGUGUUUCCAGGGGAAUAAGCUGAGGGGCUUCACGUGCAGAUUGACCCGCUCAUCCCACGGCGUCCUGCCUGAGAGCUCAUGGACAAUCGCUGCGCAAGUCCUGCUUCCAUAUCUGGUGUCUGGCCUGGGCAUGGUGGCGGCUGGGAUAGUCAUGGAUAUAGUGCAAGUAUGGAACAAAGUGUGUGUGUGUGUGUGUGUGUGUGUGUGUGUGUGUGUGUGUGUGUGUGUGUGUGUGUGUGUGUGUGUGUGUGUGUGUGUGUGUAAGAGGUGUUUCAUAGAUGAUGCCCUGAAUGCUAGACAGUUUUAUUUAUCAGUGUGUCCAUGGCUAACUGUCACAUCUGUGAAGGCUCCAUUAAUGCUGAAAGGUACAAACAGGUUUAGGAGCAGCGUCUGCUGCCAUCAGAGCCCCGUCUUUUUCAGGGACGUCCCUGAUUAUUUCAGCAAGACUAUGCCAAGAAGACACAAUCUGUUAUAACAGCAUCGUCAAAUUCAAAAUGAGUGAAUAUUUGCAAAAACAAACAAUGGAUUCGAUCAUUUUGAAGAUGAAAUAUCUUGUCUUUGUAGCAUUCAAAUGAAUUUCAGUAGAAACAGUUUUUAAUGUCAAUGUCAGAUUUAUUUAUACAGGGAUGUACAAUCAUAGUAACUAUUAUCAUUAUCAUCAUUGUUUUGUUAUUUUCACUGUGGUGAUUAUUUUUAUUGCUAUUAUUAUUAUUAUGAUUAAUAUUAUUAUAUAAUAUUAUGAUAGAUAUUUAAACCAUUAGUGUAGGAGAAGGGGUGGGACUAGAUAAGUCUCGACUUCUUCCCACUCCUUUUUGAGCAUGAAUAACUGUUUGUAAUUUGUUGUUGUAUUCUUUACUUUGUUAUUAUUAUUAUUAUUAUUAUUAUUAUUAUUAUUAUUAUUAUUAUUAUUAUUAUUAUUAUUAUUAUUAAUAAUAUGUUCAAAAUAAAUUUCAGUCAAUCAGUCAAACAUUUAAUACAGCCAGUGGCUUACCAAGUGCUUUACAGUAAAAUAGUCAGAAACAACAACAAAAAACAAACUAACAACAACAAAAAGUCAAUAAAAGCUGUAAAUACAAUAAAAGCAUGAUACAAAUAGAAACAAAGAACAACAAUAUACUGUAGAUAAACAUAGCAGGUAAAUAAAAAACCCAAUAGAAGUAACCGUACUAUCCCAAAGGCUAAAGUGAACAGGUGCGUCUUUAGAGGUGUUUUAAAAGUGGAAAGGCUAUUCGCAGUGUGCACUGUCGGGGGUAAAGCAUUCCGCAGAGUGGGAGCCACAACAGAAAAUGCUCGAUCUCCUCUAGAUUUUAAAAAAGGGUCGAGGAACGUCUCAAACCACCUGAUUAGCUGACCUUCGCGCUCCAGAGGGCUGAUGCAGUUUAACAAGGUCAGACAGGUAUUCUGGGGCCAGUCCAUUCAGAGACUCAAAAACAAAUAAAAGAAUCUGCAGCAUUUUGAAAAUCAUUGUAUUCUGUUUUUAUUCAGGUCUUACUCAAUGUCCAAACUUUACUGGCAUUGGCAGUUUAAAAAAAAAAAAACUGACAUAAAAUUUUACAAAAUAAGCUUUGACUGUGUCAGGAAAUCCCUGUGCAGACCUUCAGAGUUGUAAUUGCUGUUUAAUAUCAGCGGGUCUUUCUUGGCUUAGUGCCUCAAUAAAAUCAAUAUCUACAGAGAACUGAAAGUAUGAAACAGUAACGCUUGUUGUCAUCCGGGAAGAGUCUGUACAACUACGAUAAAUCACAGCUCCCCUUGGUCUUAUUGCACUUGUUAAAAUUUCUGCUCUUUAAAUACCUCAUUCACAGCUAAACUGUUUUGGUCUACCACUUUCACUUGCAUGAUGUCUUUGUUAUUUUCUAAGAAUAACCAAGUAUGAAUAUCCAAGUAUGCUGUUAAAAGAGACAUAGAAAUCCUCCUCAAGAGUGGGUUGAAACAGAAGAAGAGCUCAAAGGGUGUUAUUGCACUUGUUGAAAUUUCUGCUCUUUAAAUACCUCAUUCACAGCCAUCACUGCUGAAAACUUUACCACUCUGUUUAUGGUGUCACAAAUCGCAGCAGAAAUGACUUUUGUGCACUAAAUGUGUUUUUAAAAACAGGGUUGGUUAUGUUUGAUAAGUUCAGAGAUGAUAGAGGGCUCAUUAAAAAAAAUCACUGUGUUGUUUUUCAGCAUUGGGAGGUGUUCAAAGAGAUCUCUGAGGUGUUUAUCUUGGUGCCAGCUCUUGUGGGGCUGAAGGGCAAUCUGGAGAUGACGUUGGCAUCCAGACUAUCAACAGCAGUAAGUGGAAAUGUGCUUACCAAAAGCAUACGUGCACAUGCUCAAAAUAAAAGAAACAAACACUACUUAUUUAGGAGUAGGGGAGACUGGGGACAGUUGCAGCACUUUUUGAUUUUCUCUUUGGACUAGGCCAACCAUUUAUUUAUAUCAUAAAAUUACAGCCCUCUCUAAUUCCCCAUUCCAUUCUAAUAAGAUUACAUCAGACAGAUUUUUCCCAAUAUUCAUUUAUUUAAAAAAAAAAAAGAAAAAAAAAGAAAUAGUCAACUGUUGCAUCUAACCCCGUCCCUGGGACGGUUGCAACAUGUCACAAAUCCAUUUAAUUUCAAUUUUCAAAUUAGUUUUUUUUUUUUGUCUCAAUGAGCAUAUUGGUCUGAGAAUAUGUAUUAUGAUAUUAUAAUGAUAAUUUAAUAUACAAAAUCUUAUAGUAUUAUUUAUCCAUUAUACUAAUAUCCAAUAUUGAGUUUUGUUUCUUUCUGCAUAGAACAUAGGCUUACUUUGAGUCGAAGUGCAAAUGUUACAGAUUUCAAUGUUAGUAAGUGGAUUGUGGAUUUUACCCUAAUAUGAAUACAAAUCUUGAUGCAAAUGUAACACUACAUAUCAUGCAACGCUAGCUUGGGUGGUCAGCCAUGACAAAACACCAUAUGCUAACUAAACACCCUGUCUAACAAAUGCUAACCAUGUAACUCAGAAACCAACUAAACAACAAUUAAAACUAACUAAAUUGUGAUUGAUUCAUGCAAACAGUCAGGACGGUAUGACGAAAAUAAAACCCAUUAGAAAAAUGACUCUCAUACAUCAAAAAAAAAGUUUUUUCCAAUAAAUCCAGAAGACAAUGCUUAAUGUGUCUUCUGUCCAGCUGCUGCUGAUGGUGGUGGUUGUGUGUGUUGGGGGGGGUCCAACUGAGCAUCUGCAUUGUCAGUGUCAUCAAUCUAGCAUGUUUCUGAUUGCAGGACUAAGCCUUCUUGCAACCGUCCCUUGUUGCAACUGUCCCCAGUUUCCCCUACUUCUCAGCUUAAACUUAAGCAAAAGAUUAUUUCAUUUCUCACAACCAAAUACCAAUUAUCCAAACAUAAGUGACUUCCACCAAGGGGGCAACAUCUCAAUUAAACUCUCAUUACCUUUGCACACUUUGAAUAAAACAGAACAUUUGUUGAGGUAAUUGUCAUUUAAUCUGGAUUUAAGUUUGGACAGCGACCUAUGAUAACAACUUUAAAGCUGUUCCCAACAGAAUGUGAUGAUGUGAAGCCUUUUUUACCCACAGGCCAACACAGGGCAGCUGGACGAGGCUCGGCAGCAGUGGAGGCUGGUGAUCUGUAAUCUGGCUCUCAUUCAGGUGACAUGCUGCUCCACUGCACACUCGCUUUCCUGUUAAUGAUGCACUCUAUCAUUUUGACCCGCCUCUGCUAAAUUCAGGACAAACUAUUUAACUCUAGAGUCUUUGCUUGUGCGGUAAGGUCGUCGCCCCCAUUUAAAACGCUGCUGCGUCUCUGCUGACUCAACCUGAAAUAACUGCUCUCAAAUGCAACUUAAAAGACGAAUUUUGCAAGCUUCUUUUUUUGUAUUUUUGGUGUCUGCUUUUCUCAGCUUGCACAGAUGUAUCACAAGAACUAAUCUAAUAUGGCCACAGUGAACUAGGACAAAGCACCUUGAUAUAACACUGAAGUACUCCCAAGUGGGAAUGAGAUUUGUCCUGUUCUUGUCAUGCUGCCAACAUGGUGUGAAUGCAGCAAAGCCAGAGAGAUAAAGUGUAUCCCUCUGAAUACUUUGUUUAGUGCUUUUAUGUAAAGAGGAAGGCCAGCAGACCGUGGCGUUUGGACUUUUCAAGGCUUCCCUGGUUUUCUCAAACAUUUUCUGUUUCCUCCAACCAAAACCAAAUACCAUGCAGGGUGAUUAGCACCUCUACGCUGAACUGAAGUGUGAGUGUGAAUGGCUUACAGCCCUGUGCUGUGCUGGAGACGUGCCCAGAAUGUGCCAGACUCCUGCCAAAUGGAAACAAGAACUAGAUUAUCCAAUAAUGUCCCUGUAUUAAUACAAGAAUACCACAGGAUUCAAUUUGAUCACACAUAAUUAUCAACCUCUGAAUAAUAAUAAUCAAUUUGAAUCUUGUUUUUACAGUUUGUUGUUGACUAGCUUGACUAGCUUUAUUUAUUCAGAUACUUCCGAGUAUGUUCUUUACUUAAAGGGAUAUUCCGGCGUAAAAUUAAGUUAUGGUCAAACACAUCGUAACACCAAGUUAGACACCCCGUCGACAGAUGAAUGUUGCUGACUGCUUGCUUCUCUAGUGACACCAACUUUAGUAACGGCCGUAUAAUAGCAAUACAGAGAGCCACACAUUCAAGCAAAAAGCCUCUAUAGCCACAAAUAAUGCUCAGAACAGCACCUAACUUCAUCAACAGUACAUAUAGGGUCCCAGCCAUAACACUUGCCACCAAACAUCUUUUUAGCUUUGCCUGGUUUCUUUAGUAAAGAGACUAAACACAACUCACCCACUCUCUUCCAACAGCCACUUGUUUGUACGGGUGAGUCCAUUGACUGCAGUGGGGGGACGCAGCUCAAGGAAGAACAUUUAUAAUCAUUACUUUAUUAUUUCCUUGAAGUAAUAAUCAUCAUAAUAGUCCUUUUCCACCGCAGACGCGGUAGUUCUUCUGCCUUAGCGUCUCAGUCUGAUUGCAUUUUUCCACGAGGAAAUGAUUAUAGAUGUUCUUUCUUGAGCGGUCGGCAACAUUCAUCUGUCGACGGGGUGUCUAACUCGGUGUUACGGUGUGUUUGACCAUAACUUAACUUUACGCCAGAAUAUCCCUUUAAUAUUAAACACGCUCAUACCUGAUUUCUUUCCUUGAGCUGUAUAGUUAAGUUUACUCACUGUCUCUCUUUUUCUCUUUUUGGACAAAUUGAUGGCUAUAACAGUUUUAAUAGAGAAUCACUUGACCCAUAAAGAAAUACAUUGUUAUGUACUUAUGUCCCUCCGCUCUGUCCUUCCUCCUCACCAGCUCCAGGCCACAGUCGUCGGCUUCCUGGCAGCUGUUGCAGCAGUUGGUCUUGGGGCUCUAACCCGAGGUAGACUGAAUGUUAUCCAGGCCGCCAUCCUGUGCGCCAGCAGCGUCACCACUGCCUUCAUCACUGCAUUGUCUCUAGGUAAAACACAAACUGCUGCAGAGGAAUAAAUGGCUCUGAAUUUUCUGGAUACAUUCGAGAGCAUAUUGUGUACUUCUAUGUCAAGAGUUCAUCUGGUCUCUUUUUUAGGUCUGGUGAUGGUGGCAGUGAUUAUUGGAUCCAGGAAAGUGGGCAUUAACCCAGAUAAUGUGGCCACACCCAUCGCCGCCAGCCUGGGAGACCUCACCACCCUGUCUUUGCUGGCUGGGAUCAGCAGCCUCCUUUUUGGCUACAGAGGUCAGGGGUCACACAUUACAUAACAUCAAGAGGGUCUCCUGAAUCUCCAUCAGCACAUUGUCUCUUUGUAUUUGUGGUAUGUGUGGACACUAGUUCAACAAUCAAAGAGAACCAAACUAAAGAAAAGAUGAUCUUUAAUCCACGCAGCAUAAUAGAGGUGAGAUAGGAGCAUUUAGCCAGAAGGGGGCAACAUAGACAAUCACAUAACCUUGUCAUUUACUCUGUCUUUCAUGGUCAGACUUUCCCAUGACGUUUCCUCUGAAACAAUAAAAACAUCCAAGCAUGACAGCAUAUUUCUCCUCCCCAGCUUCUGUCAUAUAGUAGAUUUUAACACAUGAACUCUUCCCUUUGCCGUUCUGCAGACAUCUGGUACUUGCCCCCUGCCGUGUGUGGCUUCUUCUUGUUCCUUAUCCCUGCGUGGUUCAGUAUUGCUCGCCGUUCUCCACCAAUCAGAGAGGUCCUGAAGUCAGGCUGGACACCAGUCAUAUUGGCCAUGUCCAUCAGCAGGUGAGCUCACCUGUAGCAAAUCAAGAUUAUUUUUAUCAAGUAUCAAUUCAAAUCACUUUUGUUUUGGAACAAGAACAGGUUUUUUUAAUCUAAGGAGAAUUUAGCUGUUUGCGACAGACUCAAAUUAGUGUUCAUUUAUCUUCACGAGUUACAGAAUAUUGAUCGAAAAGAUUGUUAACUGUGUUCUGCUAAAUCAGCUCUGAUAGUUAUACAUGUUAUACUCUUGAGUUUCAAAGACACUGAUGGCCUAGUGAGCUAAGUGCUCCAUGUAGAGUCCUCCUCAUGGUGGUCACAGGUUUAAUUUACGGCCAUAAUCCUUCGGUGCAUGUCUGCCUCAAAUCUCUGUCCUAUCUGAUAAAGGCAAAAAUGCUGAAAAAAAUGGUAAUAUAUUGACUGUAUAUAAUAAAUGACGCAGGAUGAUCUGCCUUGUGCAGAUGUCCUCUUCAGAUUCAUGUACUUUGUUGGUUUCUUUUCAGUAUUGGUGGUCUGAUUCUGGAUAAGACUGUGAGCAAUCCAGACUUCGAGGGUAUGGCAGUGUUGACCCCUGUCAUCAAUGGUGAGUGGAAGAUCAUGUAUUUGCAAAUAUUCAGCCUGUGGGGGGUAAGGUUCCCGAGCACUGACCGAGGUCAAAACCCCUUCUCAGUGUACUUGUAAAAACCACAGACUGUAUGUACUAUGGACAACUUGGUUCCCCCUUCCACCAGUAUACGGAUUUAAAGCCAAAAAGCUCUCGGUAUUUUCGAGUUUUUUCUCCACUCCAUGAAACAAACUUUGGGCAGUAGCCUUGUACGCACUCCACCACUUGCACAGUAGUGUUGUACACAAUCGGCGGGAGAGUCGCCAAGAGUUGCUGUGAUGAUGCUCGGCUCAAACAGCAUAUCCCCCUGGUGAGCUGCGUUAACUUUGUACGCCCAUAGGCUGUAUCAAGUGUCAAUCAUAGAAAAUAUGAACCCCCAAAUAACUUUUAAAAAUAGAGCUUCACAGAAAAAAGAGGACUUGAGCACAAACCAGUCUUACAGUAACUACAUGUCAACAUCGCAACCAAGGAAGAAAAAAACUUAUAUUCUGUGUAAUAAAUUUCUAAAGUUUGUCCACAGCCCCAUAGGGAUUGCUGGAAGAGGUCGGAUUUUUGACCUAUAAUGCAGCCCAUCACCAGAGGGUGCUGUUCUCACGGUGGCUUCACCCACCUAGGAGGCAGACAGCGUCCAUUCUAUAUACAGUCUAUGGUAAUAACCUAGAUACCAUAGAGAGGUGGAAUUUGUUACAGUAAGAAUUUAUUGUUUACUAGUAUGCAAAUAUAGUGGUACACUCAUGAGGCAUUUUUCCAGUAAGAUUGGAUAACUGGCUUCUGCUUCCAUUUUAUUUCUUAAACUUCCCUGGUGGGCUGGCUUUCAUGCCCUUUUUUAAAGGUAUAGUGUGCACGAUUUAGCAGAAGAGACUAAGCAAAAAGAGAAUAAGAUAUUCAGCACUAUGUUUUAACUAGUGUGUACUCUCUUCACUUGAAAAAUCACUUUGUUUUUGUUUAUUUCAAAUGAGCAUGUACUGUAUGUAUCCAGGUCUCUCACACUACCAUGUCUCUACCAUCACACAGAAACAGGCAUAUGAGUCCUUAUAUUCAGUGGAGUGAAGCGGACAAUGCGCUGGCUGGAUUAUGAGGAAGAAGAAACUGAGAGGGGUGGUUAUUAUACACAAAGGAAAAGUCCAAUUGAAGGAGGUUUUUGAUGGUAAAGGAGGACUAAUGUUAAUGUUGUGACCUGAUAAUGAGGCAUCACAAGAGCCAUUUUUGCUUUGGGUGAGCCAGGGAGGGUUUCAGAUUAGGAUCUGACCCUUGGGUGUUGUCACAUAUUCCAAUUUCUAUAUACUAUACCAGAAUCCAGCUCAAUCUGGACCUAAAGAAGAUGGUGAUGUGUACGUCCAGUCCAUCAAAGUUUAAGGCAUCACCUCAUCCUAACUUGACGAUUACCUCAUCUGUGGUCACAUCGUAUAGAAUUCCUUCCUCUAUGAAAAUCAGUCCAUGCAAAUUGAGCGGACACCAUUAACUCCAAGAGCAGCAUGAGUCAUACUCUUAUGAUCCCACAUGAAUAAUCUAAUUACAGCCUUCAGCAGCCAUAAACCAUUAAAUUCACUCUUUAGUCUUGUAAAAACAAAGCUAACGUUGAUGAUUCUUCAUGCACGGACGUUUCAAACUCAUAUUCUGUCAUACAUAAUAUCAAAGAAACUCUCAUCUGUGGGAUACAGAAUUCAAUAUUUGUCACUCAGAAUACAUGGUUUUGCACAUGCUUACUGACUGGGUAUCCUUUACUUUCCCAUGAAACAUUUACAAUUGGUACAAGAACAUUGGAUCAAGAACAACUUGAUCUGUUAUUUUAAUUCGCAUAGGCAUUAACAAAUUUAAGAAUUUGUUCCUGCAUUGGUCAAUAAUAAGACCCUCUUGUGGUGGGAACCUGGUUUAUGAGGUCAUAUACUAGAUUAUAUUUUAUUUAAUUUGUCAAGCUUAAACGUCCUGCAUGGAACUUUUAACUAGAUUUGAAAAAAAAGCAAAAUGAGCCCAUCUGUGUGAAGAUAAGUCAUUUCUAAAUAGUGAAAACAGGGAAAACAGGAGCCAGUCGUCGGUGUUGGGACCACCAAACGACCAGAGAUGACAUGCACUUUUUUUCUCUUUAUUUUGCACUGAAAACACGCAUAUUACUGUCACAAACGGUGACAAUGUCUUGCAGCAGGAGACUCCUGCAGACAACGUGUCAUGUUACAGCUGCAGCCACGGAGUGAGAAACUCCUCAGCACUGGAGACAGACCGGCAGAGCAGCUCAGAGCAGCUCUGUAGCUGCUCCACAUCUGUCUUGCACCCCCAGACUCAUUUCCCAUAUUAAAUACAUUUACAAAGUAAUUUGCCUCAAACUGCUCACAAAAAAAGUUAGUUUCUGGAGCCCUGAUGUACAAGCCAGAGAAGAGUCUUUAUGACAACACGCGCUAAAACACUACCACUUUUGUCCAUAGUGGCUGCCAAAAUCAACAGAGAAUGAAACUCCGUUCAGCUGCUGAGAUACUUUUGUACAAAAGGUCAAGAGGAGAGAAACUUAGCUUAAGUUUAUUUACAUUUCAUUUAGAUAUUCAUGUGCUGGAUUAACUAAAGCUGAGACAUUUGGAAAGAACCCUUUUACACGCUCUCAGCUAAAUAAAUGAACACUGACAAGUUUCCCUGAAGGAGAAGCAGAGCUAAGAUUUGGGGCAACGAUGUCUCAGCAGUCCUUAUCUUUGAAGAGUGGCAUUUAGGCCUUUUGAUCAGCUUUAUGUUUAUUAUUAAAAAGCUUCAUGGCAACUAAUAUCAUGUUGAAAUAGUUGGAGCAUGAAAACCCUGCAGCUUUUUUUCCAAUAUUUAUAGGGCCCUUCUAUCCAAACUAUUAAUCAGUCAUGAGGUAUUAAAGUGGUGCUGGAGUUGAGCAGCCUCUCAAAUGAACCCCUGAGAGACAUUUCGAGCCAGAGCUUGACUGACUGAAGUUUGUUGCCCACAAAGCAGCAUACUAAGUAGAGAGAAAUAACAAUGGUCUUUACAUGGACCGCAAGCCUGAUCAGAAUGACAACUAUGCUUUCACUGGCUCCUGAUUGCAGCAUCUCGUCCCUCCGCCACAAAGAAUCCUGCAUGUAUUGAAGUCAUCGUACAGGAAGUGCAUUUCCAUAUCAAUGGCGCUUCAGAGCCACCUCGCCUAAACCCUGUUCAUCUGGAGCUGGUGGUGGGAAAAAGGACAGCUUUUAAUGUAAAAGCACUGAGUUCUUCACUUCGCAGUUUGUAGAAAUAAAGUGAUCAGAAUUGCAGUUGGAUAGUUUUCAUCAUGUCACACUGUUGGAUGAGUGGAUUUAAAAGGUAGGCAGUCUUUGAACAGAAGUGUAAGCAGAAAAUGAAAAUAAAUGAGUACAAGAUUGGAUAAAUGGUCUCACUGCCUGUCCCCAUGCUUUUCUGCUGUGUAAGCUGAUAGAGGUUAGAGCACUGUUACAACUGCGGCACCAUAGUCAGACGGACUUUUGAGUCUUUUGAGAGCUUUAGGGCUUCAAUUCUUGGAUGGUUUUGUGUCUUUUGAUGCAAACACUCAGCCUCAAAUCGACACGAAACAGCUGAUAAAAAUCCUGCAGUUUGUAUGUGAUCAUACAGUGAGAAUUUGACAAUAGCAAAUAUUAAAUCUUAAAGCUAAGAUAGAAGGUUUAAUUGUUAAAAUUUCACUUAUUUUUACCCAUAAAAGGUGCAACAAGCAACUUUUGAUUUUAAAGAAUUGAUCCCUGUAAUAUUUUAUUCCACAUCCAUGCAGGUGUUGGGGGAAAUCUUGUUGCCAUUCAAGCCAGCAGGAUGUCCACCUACCUCCACUACCGGAGUGUUCCUGGAAGUCUUCCUAUCAAAGCUGGUGGGAGCUGUCCUGGACCUUGUGCAACCUUCUUCUCUUCAGGUCAGAGUGGAUUCACCCAAGUUUUACUUGUAGUUGCAGUCUGUUUAAGCUCAAGAUUGUUGGUUUUGUGGUACCUUUGCUGUUUAAAGACAUUUUCCUGCAGCAAACCGACUCAAAAUAGGAACAAAUAAGAUUAAGAGUAAUAAUAAGAAUAACAAUCCAUUUCCUGACCACAACCAAACAAAAAGAAAACUUACCCAGCAGCCAGCUGUGUAAACUUUGGAGAGCAGUGUUUAUGGUAUUUUAGUGGUGGGCGCUUGUGGUGAGCAGUGAGCUGAAUUACAGACGUCCAAACAAAUCUGUAAUAUUCUGCACCUGUGACUUAAAGGGAUAUUCUGGUGUAAAUUUAAGUUAUGGUCAAACACACCGUAACACUGAGUUAGAUACCCCCUUCAAGAGAUGAAUGUUGCUGACUGUUUGCUUCUCUAGUUAUACCAACUUCAGCAACGACCGCAUGAUAGCAAUACACAGCAGUCUACGCCUCCACAUGCAAACCUCAACCAAAAAGCCACUUUAUAACCACAAAUAAUGCUCAGAACAGCACCUAACUUCAUCAACAGUACAUAUAGGGUCCCAGCCAUAGUACUAGCCACCAAACAUCUUUUUAGCUUUGCCUGAUUUCCUCAGCAAAGAGACUAAACACAGCUCACCCACUCUCCUCCAGCAGCCACUUGUUUGUGGGGAAGCCCUGACGAGUUGAUCACUGAGUGCAGCGGAGUUUCGCAACUCAAGGAAGAACAUUUGUAAUUAUUACUUCAUGGACAUGCAAUCAGACCAAGACGCUAAGGCAGAAGAACUACUGCGUCUGCAGAGCAAAAUGAUUGUUAUGUUGAUUAUUACUUCAUGGAAAUGAUCCGCUGCACUCGGUGAUCGACUCGCCAGGGCUCCCCCACAAACAAGCAACUGCUGGAGGAGAGUGGGUGAGUUGUGUUUGGUCUCUUUGCUAAAGAAACCAGACAAAGCUAAAAAGAUGUGCUAUGGCUGGGACCCUACAUGUACUGUUGGUGAAGUUAGGUGCUGUUCUGACCAUUAUUUGUGGUUAUGGAGUGGCUUUUUGGUUGAGGUUUGCGCAUGAAGACAUACCGUAGACCAAUGUACUGCUAUUGUGCGGUCAUUACUGAAGUUGGUAUAACUAGAGAAGCAAGCAGUCGGCAACAUUCAUCUCUUGAGGGGGUGUCUAACUCGAUGUUACAGUGUGUUUGACCCUAACUUAAAUUAACGCUGGAAUAUCCCUUUAUGGAAAAUGUUUGCUCAGUCCCCACACCAGGAGGUUUCAACAAAAUGAGAUUGUACAGAUAUCUGUUUAGCGGCUUUUUUCCACAAAAGGACUCUUUUCAGGCGACAAGUUCUUGAAGUAGUGGUAAAAGGGUGCAAUUCAGGGGAUAUAUAUACAUAUAUAUAUAAACCUGCUAAACUCUUAACUCCAUUAAACAAAAAAAACUCAAGACUUCAGGUAUUUACCGCAAAUAAAGUGACUGAUGUAAUUAUUUUACGACUGUUUCUACAGAUGAGAACUCCAAAUCAGCACGGGUCCUAGUCAUUCUUGUAGUCCCAGGGCACCUCCUCUUCCUGUACUUCAUCCACCUCCUACAUGGAGGCCAUAAUGCCAUGACGCCCUACUUCAUCAUCUGUUACCUGUCUGCAGCUCUGCUUCAGGUCAGAUCAACCAAGACCUCCUCAAAAAGAAAACCUGUGUGUGUGUGUGCAGUGGUCUGUUUUACCCAAAACUGAGGUGCUCUCCUCUUUAAUUCCUGCUCUCUGUAUCAUCCAGGUGGUGAUUCUGCUCUAUGUGGCUGGCCUGGUGGUGCGGUGGUUGUGGAGACGGGGACAGGAUCCCGACAACUUCUCCAUUCCCUACCUCACAGCUCUUGGUGAUCUGUUAGGAACAGGCUUUCUGGCUUUAAGCUUCAGACUGAUUCUGAUGGUCAGUUCUCCUAGGACUAGAGUUUGA